CCCUCGUUGGAGUACUUGGAUCUUGAUGGUAAUCCGAUUACAAGCCUACCAGAAAGCAUGAACAAUCUUGUUAAGCUCCAGACUCUUAAAGUAUCUGGUUGCAGAAACCUCACAAUACUUCCAGAGCUCCCAUGUUCUUUGACAAGUUUAACACUAGCUUGCUGCAAUAUAUCAGAGAUUCCAAGUGCCCUAACUAUGCUGUCCUCGUUGGAGAAGUUGGAUCUGAGUUGCAAUCCGAUUACAAGCCUACCAGAAAGCAUGAACAAUCUUGUUAAGCUCCAAACUCUUAAAGUAUCUGGUUGCAGAAACCUCACAAUACUUCCAGAGCUCCCACAUUCUUUGACAAGUUUAACACUGGCUUGCUGCAAUAUAUCAGAGAUUCCAAGUGCCCUAACUAUGCUGUCCUCGUUGGAGAAGUUGGAUCUGAGUUACAAUCCGAUUACAAGCCUACCAGAAAGCAUGAACAAUCUUGUUAAGCUCCAGACUCUUAAAGUAUCUGGUUGCAGAAACCUCACAAUACUUCCAGAGCUCCCACGUUCUUUGACAAGUUUAACACUGGCUUGCUGCAAUAUAUCAGAGAUUCCAAGUGCCCUAACUAUGCUGUCCUCAUUAGAGUACUUGGAUCUUGAUGGUAAUCUGAUUACAAGCCUACCAGAAAGCAUGAACAAUCUUGUUAAGCUCCAGACUCUUAAAGUAUCUGGUUGCAAAAACCUCACAAUGCUUCCAGAGCUCCCGCGUAGUUGAAACAAUUGUGUGAUCGUGGUUGCACAUCAUUGAAAAGAAUAACAAAUUAACCGAAGUUGGGCAUGUCACCGGGCUUAGAUUACCGGUUUUCUUGCAUAGUAAUGGACCCAAGGCUAUGGUAUUGUGGGAAACUUGUUGAUUUUAGAAGCUUGUUGGAUACACUAGCAUUGGACUUAUAUCUCUCAGAUCUAUUCGAUUUGGAACCCAAAGGUGGCAUUGAGGUCCAAGGGAACUAUUGUGAGAGUUUGGGCGUCAAGGUUCUCUCUCUCUCUCUCUCUCUCUCUCUCUCUCUCUCUCAUGUACAAAUGCUUAUAAUAUGGUGAAUAAGAUCUCUAUGGCGUAAACGAUUAGAUUGUAAUGACAACACCACCAUGAAACUGCAGGGAACUUUUCACUGCUGCAUAUUGAGCAUAUUUGUUCAUGGGAGCAAGAUUCCAGAUCGGUUCAAUUACAGGAGCAUGGGUAACACUGUGUUCUCUAUUAUUGUUCCUUCACAUCUAAGGGGGGUGUAUUCAAUUAGGAUUUUGAGAGAGUCUCUAGGAAUUAAUGAUUCCAGGUGUAUUCAAUUGGGAAUUUAAAAGACUUUAUAAAAGUCUUGGUGUAUUCAAUUGAGAUUCUUAAAGACUUCUUACAAUUCCCUAUAAAUUCAGGUGUAUUCAAUCAUAACUUUUUGAAAGUCUCUAAAAGUUUAGGUAUAUUGAGAAAGGAAUUGGAUUUGAACGGAUUUGUGAUUUGGUGGAUUUUGGAGGAUUUCAAGGUGAUAUGUAUACCAAAGAGCUUGGCAAAUCUCACCUCAACCCUAGAAACUUUGAGACAUGUUGAGCGUGCUGCUCUCUCCUCCAGAGAGCGUCUUCUCCUCCCCAGAAACAUGGGCUCCAAGGGAGUUCAUUUGGAGUUGCAAGGAAGUGAUUUCAGAGGUGAGGCAUUUAUGUCCAAUAUUCUUCUGAACUAUCGUCCUAAUAUUUAGAACUCACCUUGAUAUGUAAAUGUAUGACUGGAACGAAUUUAUGACUCCAAACUGUAUUAGCUGCUUGUAACUUUGAUUUGGAAUUCAUAUAUAUUCUUAGUUGAUGGGAGGGUUCAGCUCAUGACUCCAAACUGUUACAUGAUGUUGUAUCAAGGAAGAACAGACUUAAAGUUCCAGAAGGUUCGUAUUCAUUCAUUUAUUUACACUAGGACGUACCAUAAAUAAUAACUUUAUGUGUUUUAUUUUU